AUGACGCCCAUGCUCCGCGCGGUGGGGCUGGCGGUAGGCCUGACGCUGAGUCGCUGUAGCGAGGACGUGUCGACGGGGGACGAUGCGGACUAUUGGGACGACGACUCGUACGGCUUCAGUGUAGCCGAGGGCUUUUGUGCGUUUCAGUGCGAUCCGGCAUAUCUCGGCGAUGGGGAGUGUGAUGAUAUGUGCAAUGUGGAGGCGUGCGACUGGGACGGCACCGACUGCUUUCAUGGCUACGGCGAGUGCUACUCGCAUCCGGACGGCUCCGACUACCGUGGUGCCCUCAACCACACCGAGAGCGGCUAUCCGUGCCAAAAGUGGUCCGCGCAGUGGCCGCAGAGGCACACGAGGAUCCACACCAACUUCCCGCACGCGGGGCUCGGUGGGCACAGCUCUUGCCGAAACCCAGACAACGAGGCGCGGCCGUGGUGCUACACCACCGCCCCGGAGACUCGGUGGGAGUACUGCGAAAUUCCCCCACUGCAGCCGUCGUGCCACCACAACCCCAGCCACAGCCGAGAGGCGCCGUCGGCAGCUCGCCCCCUCGAUGAGGCGGGGAGCGGGGACACGGAGCGCAACCCGUACAACCUCUCCUUCUACGGCUUCGACUACUACUCGUCGUACGACAUAUUCCCCUCGGUCGUGUUUGAGCGCGACAUUGUCAAGGCGCUGCCGCUCAACAAGCUCAUCCACGGCCAGCUCGACGAGCACACGUACGUCUUUUACGAGGUGGAGAUUCCUCGCUCGGUCGAGCUCAUCAAAGCGGUCGUCGUGCCUGGCGAGGGCGACCCGGACCUCUACGUCUCGUUCGACAACCCCUUCCCCACCGGCGCGAACUACACCUUCCUCUCCGAUAACUACGGUGUCGAAGAGGUGACUCUCGGGCGGUACAACUACCUCUUCUGCGGCGCGGCGGGCGUCGAGGCGUCCUGCACGCUUCACCUCUCCAUCCUCGCGUACGAUGAGUACACGACUUUCUCCCUCGUCGUCUACGGCGUCGAGGACCCCACCGCGGAGGACGCGCCGUCCCUGCAGUGUGCGCCGGGCUGCGAAUGGCCCUCCAUUGGCGACGGAACCUGCAACCAGCAGUGCAACGUCGAGGCGUGCUUCUCCGACCGCGGCGACUGCGAGUGCGACCAGGACGUCACUCCGGACUGCAUCGACGGCUGCCCCAUCUCGUGCAAGCCCGAGUGGAUCGGCGACCACUACUGCGACGAGGCGUGCUUCCGCGCCUCGUGCCAGUGGGAUAAGCACGACUGCCUCAAGAGGGGCGAGACGCCGUGCGGUGACGACUGUCUCCCGUCGUCGGUCGGCGACGGCGAGUGCGACGCCGCGUGCAACGUCGAGUCGUGCGGCUUCGACGCGAACGACUGCUUCCACAACCACGACGAGUGCUACGAGCGGCCCGACGGGGCUGACUACCGCGGCAAGGUGGCCACCACAGAGGGCGGCUACCCGUGCCAGCGGUGGUCGGACCAGUCGCCGCAGCCGCACACGCGCACCGCCCAGCACUACCCCUACUCGGGCCUCGGCGGGCACAAUUUUUGCCGCAACCCCGACCGGGAGGAGCGGCCGUGGUGCUACGUGGCCGACAAGGACGCGGGCGUCCGUUGGGAGCACUGUGCCGUCGGCGAACCCUCGGAGAGCGCUUGCGUCCAGCCACCCCCGCCGGCACCACCGCCUGCGGUCGAGGGAGCAGCGGCGGCGGUGGAGGUGGUAGGCGCAUUUGUACUCGGCCUCUGCGCCAUCCUCCUCCUCCUCUACUGCCGCCGGCUUAAGCACAAACGGGCGCUGCGCACGGGCAAGUUCACCCAGUAUGGGGGCACGGACGACUCCAUCCUGGGCAGCGGCCUUGAGAUCAAGCCAGCCGUGCCCGACUCGGCUUGA